AUGGGACGAACGUUUCUAGAACAUCCUGGUGGGACUCGGUUAUACUCGUGUGGUACAUGUGAUACUAUAUUAACGAAUAAGGCAGAAUUAAUGUCGACGAGAUUCACUGGGGCUACCGGAAGGGCUUAUUUAUUUAAUAAAGUAGUCAAUUUAAAUUUUAGUGAAGUUCAAGACAGAGAAAUGCUGACUGGACGUCAUAAAGUGCGCGAUGUACUAUGUAAGAACUGCAACACGAAACUAGGCUGGAUAUACGAAUUUGCAAACGACGAAAAUCAACGAUAUAAGGAAGGUAAGGUUAUACUGGAACGUGCUCUAGUACAAGAAAGUCAAGGAAUGGAAGAAUCUUAAUUGUCAUCCAAAAAGUUUUUUCAAAUAAUGAGAAUUACUUGCAGUUAUUUCCAAUUUGAAGGAGUCUUUGUAUUAUUAAGUAUCUGUAAUUAAUUGCAAAGCUUGUGAUAAUUUUUAAUUCUUAUUCGAACUGUAUUAAAUACAUGUACGAGGAUAGUCGAUAGUGCGCAAUAUUUAAUUAC